UUCCUUCAGGCAGAUACCAUCAUGCAUCCUUGGGUAGCCAUCCUGGGCCUCAUAUUCCUUCCAACAAAUGGUGUAAUGUCUUACCCACGAGUGACUGGGGUGGUGGGUCAGCCUGUCAGGCUACCCUGCACCUAUGGUGGAGAAGUCGUGAGCACAUGCUGGGGCCGAGGGGCAUGUCCUUUGUCUCGCUGCGGAAGUGAAAUUAUCUGGACUAGUGGACACAGUGUCACCUUUCGGAAGGACAAACGUUAUAAGCUAAAUGGAAAUAUCGGUGGAAGGGAUGUGUCUUUGACCAUAGAGAAUGCAGCCCUCUCUGACAGUGGCUUGUAUUGUUGCCGCAUUGAGAAGCAAGGGUGGUUUAAUGAUAUAAAAAUCAUCCUAGAGUUGAGUAUAAAGCCAGCUCCACCUACAACCAGCACCACCACCACUACUACAACAACAAUGACCACCACGACUCCAACAACAACAAUAACUCCAACAACAAUGGUGGUCACCACUGCUCCAGUGAAAACUAGGGCCUCUACCUCUGCUCUUCCAAUGUCAACACCUACAAAGAACCUCCAGCCAGUAGCUUCUUUAUCUUCUCCAACCCAGACAGCAGAAACUCAGCCUACCACCCCACGUGAAAGAAAUAUGACUGGCUCACCAACGCACUCUUGCUCAACAGAUGGGAAUGGCACUGUGACACAGUCUCCAGAUGCCCUUUGGCAUAACAAUCAAAUGCCUGAGGCACUGGCACAAGACCCAUGGAUGAGCACCAGAAAGGGAGUCUACAUUGGAAUCAGUGUUACUGCCCUGGUGUUGAUCGCGUUUCUGGUUUUCAUGUUCAGCAAAAGAUAUUUUUGCCUGAGUAACAAGGUGGAGCUACUACGCAUGAUUCCUUUGAGGGACGCUCACAUUGGAGCUUUGAAAAAGGCAGCUCUGAAGCCUGUCCGAGCAGAAGACAAUAUCUACAUUAUUGAUGACCUUCAUUAAGUCAUGGAUCCAGUGGCCUUCUAAGGUGUUAUGCCCUUGACUGUAGAAGACAGUGACCAGAUACCACCAUGUCAGAGUCCUUUCAAGCAGUAGGAUAAUUUUUCAUUCAGUUUCCCAUGGCAUUCCAAUGAGUCAGUGACACUGGGUACAGUGAGUCUAGCUCAUCUGUGUACAGCCAACCUCUGUAACAUUGUCCUAAUUUUUUAAUACUAAAACUGGCUCACUCUUUCUGAUCAUUGCAGAGCUCUCUCCAAAACAUGAAAUGUACUCCUUAGAACUGUACAUUCUCUUUAGAAUUCCCAAUGGGGAGACAGAAUAAACACUUCUACCUUGGUUAUCAAACCUGUCAAAAAGAGCUGAAUACAACUUAAAAUCAGCAAAUCCAAUUUGGGGCUUAAAGGACUUAACUUGAAGCAUUUCAUGAUUUUUUUUUUUAAUCAAGUGACUCCCAAUGUUAUAUUCCUAAGGCCCCCAAUGUUAUAUUCCUAAGGCCCCCAAGGGUUUCAAAUCAUGGGAGUGUACAGGUUUUUAUUUACCCAAUAGGGAAGUAGAAGUGAGUGUGAUUUUGCCCUUCGAGGUAGAUCUGGUUUCUCAGGGCUCUGGAAAUAGAAGUGCUUUCACUGGGGCCAGGAUGGGUAUUUUAGCAGUGAGAAGCAGCUAGGGUAGUGAGUGGACCGUGGAGACACCAGGCGAGAAAAUCAAUUGCCAUGUGAUUUAUGCUGUUUCUGCUAUAUCGGUGCCACAGUUCUAGGCACUUAUGUAGACAACUGGCAGGCUCUCCGUUGUAAGUUUUAGAAUGAGGCAGGGCGGAAGUAAAUAAAAGGAAAAAAAGAGAGGGAGGGAGUAGCAAAAGAGGCUUUCUGCCUUAGAAAAGCUAGUUUGCAAAUAUCAUAGUGGUGUUUGAGAGCAUUACCAGUUUCAACCGAAAUGCUAAAUUGUCCUCGAACCACUUUGCUUUUUAAAAUUGUUUUGAGAGGAUAAAGGGUCUUUUUCACAUUCACUCAAUUUCUGUGCUAUAUGUUUUUCACAACUCAAUUAAAUUUUUGGUUUUUCCAGAAGAGUUAGACAAAAGCUAAAGGUAAGGAUAUUUUUAGUCACUAGAAGCAUUUCUCCAUGAACAGUUAACAAGGCUGGAAAUUAAUUUCACUUUGAGUAAACCGUGAAGUAACUCAUGCUUGAGUUAUCUGGGGGGUGUUCAGAGCUGCUCACAGCAAAGUGGUCCAUAGGGCUGGAUGUUUGUUGUUGAAGGCAAUGUUUUUGACAGUUCUGUGGAGUUCUGGGAAAUUAAUAGGACUGCUGAGUAAAGGGUAUAUGGGCAAAGAAGAUUGCUAAAUAUUGUAUACUAGUUUUCACACCUGGGACCAGACUGAUGUGGUUUAAAAAAUUAUGUCCCAACUACAGUGUGUGUGUGUUUUUUAAUUCAAGACAACAUGCAUAACCAUAGAGAUUUCAAAUUAAAUCCCAGAUUUGUAGCUUCUCAGGAAAGACCUAACAACACUGGACUGCAUCCCUAUGCAGCCAUGGCCCCACUAAGUGGCACCACAUCCCUCACCCCCAGCCCUUGCCUUGCCUGCAGGCUCCUGCUAGUUACCUGCUUUGUGGCUUGUGGGGCUCUGUCUUUAUGAUGUGUGCUCUCUUCUCCGUAUCCUUCCUGGGGUUCUGUGAUGGCACAUUACAGUUCUGGGAAUCUGGUUAACUUUGUGUAACCCAGCAUGUCCAAAAUUUGUUUGAAACCCAUGAAUACAAUAUCUGCUGACUCACCCAGUAGCAUUCUGUAAAACAAGAUGUGGGGCUUUGAAGUAAAUUGGUACACAGAAUUAGAGACAGAACCUCAGUUUUAAUCCUAACUCUUACCAGUAACUUUGGAUGACCUCAGGGUAAAUCACUUUAUGACUAUGUUUUUAAUAUAUAUUUUUAAUGAAGUAGAGUUGAUUUACAAUGUUGUGCUAAUUUUUUUGACCCCAUUAGAAUAAGUUUUUCACAUACAUUGGUGUAUAGUAGUAAUUCCAAUGACGUGUUACUUGUGAGAAGUCUUUGAAAAGUGAAAAGCACUGUAGAAAUGCAAAGUUUUUGUGUGUGUAUGUGUAUGUGUAGUUUGUAGUGAUAGGAGAUCUAGCAUCAGUGCUCAGUAAAUAAUUUCAGUGGUCUUGCAUGCAUAAGUCUCUUGCUAUAUUGUCCCUCAUUACUUUCCUAAAUAACGUUUCUGUUUUGGAAAAGUUGAUAUUGGAUAAUUUGGCUAUUAUUUUAUACUGUAGAAAAAUUUGUCAAUAACUGAGGGGGAGAAUGGGUUAGAGGGAAGGAAGGGGAGGUGUUUGGGUAACAUUAAAUUCUUUUCUGUAUCAAUCUUAUAGAAUGUAUUU